AUGGCACUGACUUCUGAAUCAACACAAACCCUUCCAGCGUUAUCAAGUGCAAUCGUAGGUGUUGUCAAUACAUCAUUUCCAUGUGGAUCUGCGCAAAAUCCUAUUACCAAGGAAGAGUGGAAACAAUGGAAAAAAAAUAAAAGGCCGGAGGAGGAUUGGAAAGAUUUUUUAAGUCUGCCGCAUGAUACUUACUGGACUUAUCAGGCAAGCAAAUAUGUGUCAGAACAAUCACCAGGAAAAAUUCAGAAAAUUAUUAAUGAACGCAAAAACAAGAUAAAAGAAGCCCAUGCCAAAGGUAUCCCUCCCCCUCCCAAACGUAAAAAUACUAUCCCUCUCAUUUCAAGGUCCAAAAACAAAACUUCAACCCAAUCAUCAGUGUCAAGUUAUGAUACAACCGAAGUUGACGACGAAAUAGAUGAUCGAUUUACUGCAUCUAACGAAAAUUAUUCUCCAAAGCAUAAUGAUGUUACUUCUUCCUUUAAUACCGAUAGUUAUGAAGUUAAUAGUGACGAUGAUGUAUUCGAAUUACCUAACGUCGCUUCUCGUACAAUUAAUUCUUCAAAAUCUUCAAGAAUUCCAAUCAAACAAUUAGUAACCAGUUCCAAUGCAAUUGAAGUCGAUAAUUCUGAAACCAACAGUGAUAAUGAUAAAUCUGAAUUACCUACUACCAUUACUCCUCGCAAAAUGAGAUUUCCAAAACCUUCGAAGACUUCAACCAGAUUGUCAUUAUCAACUUCUAAUGCAAUUGAAGCCAAUAACUCUGAAAUCAACAAUGAUAACAAUUCGUCUGAAUUAUCUUCCUCUUGUAAAAUGAAAUCUUCAAAAUCUUCAAGGUGUUCGACCAGACUAUCAGCAUCAAGUUCUGAAACAAUUAAUCAACCAUUAUCUCCAGUAGCACAGAAUGGAAAUAAUACUGGUAAUUAUUUAAAAAAAGAAUAUUAUGAGGAAAAAGAAAAGCAACUAGGUCGAAUACUGAGAGAGUUCCCAAGAAACGGGUCACAGCAAAAAGUCACAAAUAGGUAA